AUGAAAGAAAAAUAUAAAAAUUACUCUGCAAAUUUAAAACUUGAAUCAAUUAAUUAUGCCAAAAAGAUGAAUAAUCAUGCUGUAGCACAAAAGUUUAAUAUUAACUAUAUGCAAUGUGGUAUUUCUAAUACAUUGGAUGAUGAUGAGAUUAAAUAUGAUAUAGUGUUGGAGAAUAGAAAUAAAGAAAAUAAAGAAAUCAUUGCAACAGCUAGAAUACAUAAUACAAAAGUUACAGAUAGAAAUUACUUGAUUGGGAUAAAUGAAAAAGAA